AUGGCGCCUCUACUCCACCCUCUCGUGCUCGCGCUCCUGAUCGCGUCCUGCGCAGCGCAGCAGUCGCCGCCGGCGCAGCCCCCGCCGACGCCGAACGCGCCACCGUCCAACUCCCCGCCCCAGGCGCCUCCGGCCGGCAACCCGCCGCCGGCGCCUCCGGCAGGCAACCCGCCUCCCGCGCCCACCGCCACUCCACCUCCGGCUCCGACCACGCCGCCCCCGGCACCACCGACCACUCCUCCUCCGGCUCCCACAACGCCGCCCCCGGCCCCGCCGACGACUCCUCCUCCCGCGCCCACCACGCCGCCUCCGUCACCGCCGGCCUCGCCCCCGCCCGCUCCCACCACUCCGCCGCCGUCUCCCCCGGCGAGCCCGCCGCCCGCUCCCGCCACCCCGCCCCCGUCUCCGCCCCUGGCGCCGCCUCCCGCCACGCCCCCUCCCCCAGCCACCCCGCCGCCGCCGGCCGCCGCGCCCACGCCGUUCCCGACGCUCCCGCCCGCGGCGACACCGGCCGCGUCCCCGAAGAGCCCCAAGGCGCCGAGCCCCGCCGCCGCGACGUCCCCGGCGCCCUCGCUCUCGCCCACGGGCACGCCGACGAGCGAAGACUCGGGUGCGCGCGCGCGCGCGGCCGGCUUCGCCACGGUGGUGGCGUUGGCUGGCGCGGGCCUCGCCGUCCUUCUUUGA